AUGCCUUUUCUGCUGUGCUUGAAAAAAAAGAAGUCACCUGUGCCUUUAGGCAGGAGUAUCUUCCAAAAACACACCCCUCCCAUCCAGCAGAACUACCAGGCUUUGCUGGAGUCGUGCUUGAAGAACAAAUGCUUGUUCACAGAUGACACCUUCCCUGCUCACAUCAGCUCCAUUGGAACGGGAGCACUGCUAAAGAAACUGCCCCACAACUUACAGUGGAAGAGGCCACACGCUUUGCACAAGAGUCCUGUAUUUUAUGCUGCACACAGAAAGCAGCCUGAUCUCUGCCAAGGAUUGGUGGAGAACUGCUGGUUCCUGGCGGCCCUGGAAGCCCUGACAUUCCACCAGGACAUCUUGGCUGCAGUUGUGCCACAAAACCAGAGCUUUGAGAGGAAAUACGCGGGCAUUUUCCACUUCCGGUUCUGGCACUUCGGGGAAUGGAUUGACGUGGUGGUUGAUGAUCUCCUGCCGGUGAAUGAGGCCGGCGAGCUGCUCUUUGUGUCCUCAGUCUAUAAGAACGUGUUUUGGGGAGCCCUUCUGGAAAAGGCAUAUGCUAAACUCUAUGGCUCCUAUGAAGAUCUGCAGAUUGGGCAAGUUUCAGAAGCCUUGGUGGAUUUUACAGGGGGUGUCAAUACAAGGAUCAAGCUUGCAGAAGCUCCUCCUGAUCUGUGGAAUAUACUGACAAGAGCCACCUACAGCAGAUCUCUCAUGGGCUGUCAGACACACUUAGGGACAACAAAGGUCCUGAAGAAUGGGCUUGUUGCUGGCCAUGCCUAUACAGUAACUGGUAUUAGAAAGGUGACCUGUCAAUAUGGACCUGAAAACCUAGUGAGACUGAGAAAUCCAUGGGGAAAAAUCGAGUGGAAAGGAGACUGGAGUGACAGCUCUUACAAGUGGGAGCUGCUGAGCCCAAAGGAGAAGAUUUUACUGAGGAAAAAGAAGGAUGAUGGAGAAUUCUGGAUGUCUCUGCGAGAUUUUAAGAUUCAUUUUGUAGAUCUGGUGAUCUGUAAGUUAACUCCAGACCUGAUGAGCCAGGAAGAUGGGAAGAAGUGGAUGUACUCCUUGAAGAGUGGGAGAUGGGUUAAAGGAAGUACAGCAGGAGGAAGUCUGGGAUUCUGUAAUGGCAACUUUUGGAUGAACCCUCAGUACUGGCUGAAUGUGUUGCCAGUUGAAGACAGUAAGAAAAGCCCAAGUACGUGCAAUGUGGUUAUAUCCCUCAUGCAGAAACACAGCACCAAACACCGGAACCGAGCCCCUCACCUUUUCAUUGGAUUUUUACUCUAUAAGGUGGGCCUACAGUACCAGGAGAGCAACAGAAAGCUGCCCCCAGGUUUCUUCACCCGACAUCAGCCUGUGAACAAGCACCAGGUUUUCCUUGAUGAGCGGGAAGUGACUCACGACUUCCAUCUGGAACCUUGUGUCUAUGUGAUUGUCCCAUCCACCCUGGAGCCUCAGCAGGAGUCUGAGUUCAUCCUGCGGGUCUUCUCCAGGAAGCACAUUCUUCGGGAAAUGGGCGGGAACACGAGCUUCACCCUCUCUAAGGAAAUUGUUGAUAGGUAUGAAGGCAAGAUUUGGGAGGAUUUCUUCACAAAGCAUUUUGAACAGAAUCCUGAAAUAAAUGCUGUUCAGCUCCAGAGGAUCUUGAAUAAUAUAUCUUGGAGAAAUUUCCAGAGUUUUCGCCUGAAUUUCAGUCUGGAUUCCUGCCAGGGUAUCUUGGCACUCCUGGAUCUGAAUGCCACUGGCACACUGAGUAUCCAGGAAUUCAGAGUCCUGUGGAAGAGGCUGCUUUUCUAUUUGGUAUGA